UUGUGUUGAGUAGCGGUAUGACUUGUGUGAAGUGUUAGUUACCAAUCGCACUCGGCAUAGGAAUUUUGCCUAUAUUUACCUUUUUUUUUCAUCAACAAAUUAAAACCUUUUUAGAGUAAGUGAGGGUAUAGGCACCCAUCUUUUAGUGACCCGAACUGUACCUACAUUGUUGUGAUUGUAAUUAUUGUGUUGUGCUCGAGGAUUUUUUUCUUUUUUCGUCUUUGGGAUUCAGCAAAUGAUUUUUUAAAAUAAAAGAGAUCAUUGAAAAUCCUGAAAGAAUGAAGAGGAACUAGCUGUAAAGAUGGAUAAUCACGAAAAUGAUACUAACGAACGAAGGAAUUCCAAUACCGAGUACCAACCAACGAAAUGCCGAGUUACGAAACCACCCCCUCCGAAACCUGCCACAAACCCCAUGCAAUUCGUCAAAGUUGCACCGUGUCCAUUAUUUCAAAAAGCCCAAGAACAAAUAAAAAAAGUCGAGGAAAUCAAGAAGGAACGUAAAGAAGUCAGAGAGGAAAUAGAAGAUUGGCAAUUAAACCUGGACAAUUGGAAGAGUAGUAGGAGAAAAAGACAGGAACACAUCAUAGAAAGGGUGGUGGAAGUAAAAAAAUUAGAGCAAGAGGGACAAGAAAAGAGCAGACGAAAGGGCAAGACAUUUAGUGAAAUGAGAGAAGACAGGAGGCAUAAAAUUAAAAUCCCCGUGUAUGACGAAGAUUCGAAUGAUCUGAGCGAUUACGGUAUCGGCAGUAGUAGUUCAAAGACCAACAGCAUUAAAGAUGUGGACACUGACGAUAAUAUCAGUAUGCUUGACGAAAAAGAACAAAGCGUUAAAGACAGUUUAAGUACUCCAAACCAAAGUCAAAGUGAGGACGAAGCCGUCCCCACGUCAAAACAGACCGAUAGUAAAAACAACAAUACCACAGAACAAUACACUUACGAAGGGAUACAGGAUUACAGAUCAAGAAUACAGUCAAAAAUCCACGUGGACGAUUCAAUUUUCACCAAAAACAAAGAUUCGUCGAAAUCCAAAGAGUUUUCCGAGGCGCAAACUGUAUUACCGAAGGGGGAAAUAUUCAAGAGAAAAGAAAUAUUCGAAGGGGAUAAAACGGUGGAAAUCGGCACUUUCGAAUCCAACACGUCGCGGCGUCUUUCCGAAGAUUUCGCCAACACAAGAAGCAUUAAAGAUCGCCUCAAGAGUCUGGAACAGUCCGUCGACCAAACGCUGCGCUCGAACGACAAAAACGACAUUCAGGUAUCUGUGAAACAACGCAUGCAAAAUUUCAACAAGCAAAACGAGCUCGACAAUCAAAACAACAACGCUGCGAAACCAAACAAGAUCAGCAGCUACUUGGUGGACAUACCUACCUUCGAAAGCAAGAGCUUGAAGGAGGACAGAUGCUCCAGCCCAGAGACCGAAUUAUACAUGAACAAGUUGAACAUGUUCAACCAAGAUUUGGACAAUCUCAUGAACGGGAAACACGCUGAUAACGGCAUGGAUGAUUGCUCCUCGAAUUCCAAUUAUCCGCCAUCGACAUCUUCAGUGGAAUUGACUGGUAUCUCUUCGGAUAGGGAGGACAGUGGUAUCCACACUGCCGAUGUUUCAUGUUCUGUGAGCCAAGCUGACGAACCGAUUGAUACGGACAGCGAGACAAUACCUAACUGCAUUGAAAAACUCGCUAAGGAAACUGAAAUGAUGCAGAUUGAAGAGGAUAUUAGAGAAAAUGAGGAGACUCAAUUACUGGAUACCAAGGAGAUGGCGAAGAGCACUGAAGACCUUUUGGAGGAGUUAAGAAAGGAUUCUUCGGAACAUUUGACGAUCGAAAGAGAAGCCCAAUUGACGCAUAUCAAAGAAUUAUCACUCAACGUGCCUGAAGAAUCGGAAAACGAGGAAAUCCUUAUUGAGACUAAGCAAGUGGAGUUAAGAAAGAAGCCCGUUGAAUACGAAAACGUUGAAAUAUCUCCAGCGAUUUACGAAAAUGUUUUUAUAUCGAACAACACCGUCCAACCUGUGGAUUAUUUGGAUAGCGAUUUAAUUAUUAUGUCGACGACUCUAAAAGAACCUCCAAAAGUGAAGCCGCCUCCACCACCGCCUAUGGAGGAGGAGGAGGAGGGGGAGAAACCCAUGAAAAGAAUAAAUUCCACCAAAAGAAUAAAAAAAGAGAUUCACUUAAAGCGAUCAAGUUUUCUUGGAUUGGAAGAACCUUUGGAUAAUAUCGAGCCAGACGUACUCCUAGAGAAACCUCCAGAUAUUACAGCUUACUUGCAAAAAGAUUUAAAGAUGGAGAAAUCGCUUUAUAAAAAAAUGCAUGAAGAUCGCAUGGGGAAUUUGAGCAAAGUUGAGAGUCAAGAUUCCGGUUUGGAUAUUGAUAGAGGAAGAUUGUCGAGCGAUACUUGGUGCAGUAGCACUCCAAGCCACGAAAGGCAGGAUAGCGAGCAGACUAAUAGUAUUACUUCGGAGGAAGACGAAAUAACUAAGAAAGAGCGCGAGAUAAUUGAGAUGGUGGAGAAGGAGGAGAAAUCAAGGGAUCCGAAUUUGGAUGGCGUGAAUAAUGAGGAGAUGAGUUCGCCUAAGGAAGCUGAACCCUUUGAACCUUCUUUAGGCAGUGAGCAGUUUAAAAACCCGUAUUUUCCUCAGCAAUCAUCAGACCUCGUCGAUGAUCAGGAUUCUGAGGUGUUGAAGGUUGAGCAGGAGCUCCGUCAGCUGGAAAGAGAGGAGUUGGAGAGGCAACGGGAGAACUUGUUAUUUCGCGAGAGCCGGGCUAAAGCCAGAAUGCAAAACAACCGGCAUUCGCUAGAAAACAUAUGCGACGAAUCGUACCCAGGCGUGGACUACCGCAAAUCGAUGCCAGAAUUGCAACAAAUACCUCUAGAAUACAGAAAAUCUGUACCUGAUGUGCCAAAUGUUUAUAGAAGUAUUCCAGAUUUAGAUGUACAGUACAACACCAGACAGUCGAUGCCCGACAUACAGCACAUGCCGGCCCCCGAACAACUUUUGAUGGGCAACAGAAAAUCUAUGCCUGAGCUGCAGUUGGAUAUGGAUGUGCAUCGUUCGGCCUUCAAAACGCCAACCUACCGGCAACCUAUACUCCCUGGUAAACCAAUUGAACCUAAGAUAUUCUUCAACCCGAUCUCACCUGAACACAAUCAAGUUAAACCUAAGCAACUGUCCAAACACAACCUGCACGCUUUAAGCGCCGCGCCCAGACCUAGGCGAAACGACAACUGGAUUCAGCCCAAGCCCAAGAGUGAAAAGAGCUACAGCCAGCACUGGCUCAUACAGGAAGCCGAACUGAGACGAAUAUCGGAUCAGCAGAAAAACGCGUUCUCGAACCGUAAUAACUGGCAGCCGCAGCCACCGUCGAGGCACGAAAAGCAUCUACCUGACUCCAUUAUACACUCUUUAACGCAGAGAGUUCAAAAUAGAACUAAUAUCAACGAGCGUAAUCCACAAAUUAGAAGGCCCGAUCAGAAUGAGUUCAUGCAGCCUUACAUAGCGAACCCCCCUCAAACGAUGGGGCACGCAAUGCCCAUGUCUUAUCCACCAAUGGCGGUAGAGGAAAAUCAGGAUCGUGUGCUGAGCGUGAGCGGCAAAAAGAAAUGCUCGUAUUGUGGAAGCGAACUAGGACGGGGCGCGGCCAUGAUAAUUGAGAGUUUAUGUCUAUUUUACCAUAUGGAGUGCUUUAAGUGCUGCGUUUGCCGUAUGCAGCUGGGCGAUGGCCGUAUGGGCACUGACGUGCGAGUGCGUAACCAAAAAUUACACUGCCAAAAUUGCUAUAGCAGCGAUGAUGGAGUUAAAUUCAGUUGCGUGUAGUUUGUAAAUAAAAGUUCAUGUAAAUAUUAUUAUAUUAUAUAUUUGUUUAGUUAUAUAAUGUUGUAUUUAUGUUUUGUACCAUAGUUGCAUAUUGAUAUGAUUAUUAUAUUAAUAGAGAAAUGAAUGAUGUUAUUAUUAUUAUUAUAAUUGGUAUUUUUUCUUUGUUGGAUUAUUAUUACAUAGGUGCCAAAUUAUGGGAAGAUUUUUGCGAUAAAUUAAGGCUGGGGUCUUCACUUGAACAAACAAAACUAGAAAAUGUACUUAAGUUAAGUGGAACUCUUUUAUUCAUCGUUGUUAGCUAAUAAAUAUUGUUUAAUUUGUUAUAUUAUCUUCCCAAAUUAUUUGAUAUUGUUAAAUUAUACUACUCCCAUAAUUCUACAAUGCACUGACAUAUACAUACAUAUAUUUAUAUUAUUUCAGUGUAAAAUAUCUAAUAAAAU